UUCCAAUUCCAGCCAGUACCCGUAUAACUCUACGCGCGUGCGUGCGAUUUAAAAAUUUAAUCUGUCAAACUUUUACUUGUAAAAACUAUAUGUGUGAAUAGAUACGUGGCGUGUUUUUUUAAAGAUGGCGAUCUCUUUAGUGAGAUUUGGACUAAGGUCCGCUGUUUUCAACUUGGAAAGGAGUGCCGCGAUUAUAUCAAGCCCCAGUGCCCAAAAUCAAUUGAAGCUAAUCCACACAAAACCAAUAUGCAACGGCAGCGUUUGCUACCUUCAGGAGAAGCCGCGGGAAGAGCUAGUGGUAGAGAGCGCCAUCAGGCGGUACAGCAAGCAUCACGGCAGGCCAGAGGAGAACAGGAGGAAACGGGACAGCGAUAGCGACAGUGCCAGUGAUUCUGAUACUGAAUGCAAGGGACAUGACCGGUCCGAAUUCUGGCGUCGCAAGAUGCGCACAGUGCACAACAUCCUGGACGUAGACAAGGACGGGCUGAUCUCGUUCAACGAUUUCAAACUGUUCGCGAACCGGUUCCAGAGCCUCGGCCAUCUUGACGAGCAGCAGGCCAAGGAGUUCUCAGAGAUUAUUAAGCUUACAUGGGAGGAGCAGUGGGGCGCCAUCGACCCCUACAACUUCGUGACGGUGGAACAGUACUUAGAAGACAUGCACCACGUCCUCAACGAUAAGACGCUGAAGAAGAAGGCGCAUCGCUGGCUGCCGUACCUCUUCAAGGCGGUGGACAAGGACAAGUCCGGUUUCAUCUCAGUGAAGGAGUUCAAGCUGUUCUUCCAGUGCUUGGGGUUGGACAACGAACAUGCCGCCGUAGCUUUUGCCGUCAUCGAUGUCAACGGGGACGGAAAACUCUCCCUAAAAGAGUUCGUGAAACUUGGCAAGGACUUUUUCUUCACCGAGGACGAGAAACGAGUCUCCAAGAUGUUCUGGGGCCCUCUAGUCCAAGUUUAAGGCCAAACCGACCUUAACUUAACGCUCUAAGAGUCAUUUUAGCUUGUAAGUUAGGCGUCCAUCUGAAUAUCUUAACGUACUGUUUGCAAAGAACCCUGUCGUAUUGACAAAUAGUAAGAGAUUUCUUACAAUUUUAUUUGUAUGGUUACUUUCACAUAGUUCCAUUGCAGAGGGUUAAAAUUGUUUGUGUAAAAUUUAAACUUUUAUACAAUAAUUAUGAUGUUUAGUGGAUUGGUUAUACAAUAUAAUAAUAUUAUAAAAUGUUUGCAAGGUUUUAAAAAUCUUGAAUUUUAAUAAGACUAAAAAUGAAUUCAUGAAUGAUGUUUAUAUAUAGAAAAUCAGAUGAAAUAU